AUGGUAGCCAGAGUCGCCAGUGUCGGUCCUUCUAGAGUGGAAAAGAAGUCUAAAAAGAAAAGUUCACGGAAAAUCAAUGACAAAGACAAGACAUUAAGUUCGCAGAAGAGCACGGAAAAGGACUCUAAGUCACAUCCACCGAAGAGCAAAGACAAGGGCCCUGAAUUAGAGAUUAUAGAGAUCGAAAUUCCAGCCCAGGAGAUCGACAUUACAGUCCAGGAGAUCGAGCUUCCAGUUGAAAAGAGACGCGCAAAGCCAUCUAAAAAGUCCAGGGGAAAUGCCAAAUCGGACACUCGUGAUUCUACCAAAUCUCCUAGCUCUUCGGAGAAAAAGCGAAAGCGAAAGAGCUCAAGUCCAGCAGCUGAAUCGGUUCAUGAUUCGGUUCAGAGCACAUCUGCUAGUGCUUCAAUAACAAAGCUCAAGGAAAAGAGUUCAAGUCCAGCAGGACAACCGAUUUAUAAUCCAGUCGAGAACAAAUCUCAGAAGGGGUCGAAAAUACCACGGGCAUCGGAUCCAACUCCACGCAAGAUACUAAGAGUACAAGAUUUGGAUCUUUGGAAGGCAUACGAGCCUGAGCCAGACCUCGAACAGAUUAUUGAGAGGCCUGAAAAGCCGAAUAUUUAUUACGACAUCGGUCCAAAGCCUCUAGAGGACCCUUCCAAACUUCCAGAAGGUUGGACCUCAGAAGAGCUCGAUCUUGAUCCGGAUGACCUAGAUGCUCAAAUUCACAGAUGUGAAGAGCGUCUACUGGCAAAUAUCAUGCCCAAAGUCUUUAGAAACAGACUUAAACAAUUGAAGGCUGAAAAGAGUGAGCGUGGUGACACAUUGAAGAAAUACCCAGGUGUUAGUUGGGAUGUCAUACAGCGACUUGAGAGCCUUACCCGAAUAAAAGCGGCGCUUGCUGAAGACGGAGACAAGUAUGAGCAAAUGGCCAAUGUCAAAGCAUUAAUGGAUGCCUAUGCGAGCCAGAAACUUGUCUGGAACAAGGGACUGGUGACGUAUUGGACACACGGUGUUCAGCUCUCUCGGCCUAGGCCGUUUGACUGGGAUGAGCUUGAGGCAAUCAACAAGAAGCAUAAUGGAGACAAAAGCUUUUGGGUUGAAGGGGUCUUGGGUCCUGCUCCGAGUCUCAACAUGCUGAUGACCACUUUCGGUCCUCAGGCUCCCCCUCUUCAUGACUUUAAUUAUGUAAUUUCAUCCUGCUUAACCCUCAACAUUUUACCGGUAUCUAAGUUUAUUGACAAUGACAAACAGGUUCAAUUACACAUUCGCUUGCCCGGAGCGGCCUGGUAUCAAAGUAUGGAAUUUCUGCACGACACUGGAGCUGCUACAAUGAGAAUGUUCGAACGUGAUAUCAAUGACCUCCAGAUUGGCAAUUCCGACCCUCAAAGAGUUCCCGUUCUGGGAUCCUUGGAGUACCGGGCUCCGACUGGUUUGAUAACAUUGCCAUUGAUUGAAGUUGAAGUCACUCUGGUUGAUAAUGGUGUUAGAUUGUUUGACUGGGUUAGAGUAGCCACUGCCAUUUCCGAUGGGCGGGUCCGGGGCAGGAGCGUCCCAAGAUCUGACGGUCCAGUUUUGCGGCAAAAUUUGUACAGCGCAACUGCGCCUGAUGGAAACGGUCGCUCACAUUUCAGCAAUUCAUACACGGACUUCUUGGAUGGGCUGCCAAUCGUGUCUAGGCUUCACCCUGUGAAUAAUGUGCCUCCACUUGGGAGAUUUCAUUCGUCUUUCUCACGGCCCGUCCUCCUCAGACGCUCAAGGCCAGGCGAGCGUGAUAGUUUUGCUCCCCCACCAGCUGACCCCAACGCGGUAAUCCCAGCGCAAGUGCAGCCAAUGAGCGAGGCGGAGGCUCGGACCCAGCUGGCGGCGCAGGCGCGGGCAGUCCAAAGGGCUCGAGAUGCUGAUGCUCAAAGAGCUCGAGAGGCUGCGGUUCGAAGGACUGCAGAUGCCGCGGCUCAAGCUACGGCUCGUAGACCUCGUAUGAGAGACAGAUUCCAACACAGACUUGAAAAUAUGGGGCGAAUAGUCACCCUUCGCUCACCUCGUGAAUAA